UGAAAUUACACACAUAUAAAAAUACAAGUGUUACAGUAUUUAUCAGAUUCGUCUUGGAUUUUAAUAUAGGUAAUGUUAUCUGUUUAAGUGUUGUUUGACAUCUUCUAGAAAUAAUAACUGUGAGAAAUAAGGUGAACAACUCUUGAAAUUCAAGUAAAUUUAAAGAAUUUUCAAUUUACUGCAAAAAUGGAUAGUCCUUUGCCUCAUAUCACAGAGAGCAGUGACUUUGCUUAUACAAAGCCGAAAGACAGGUUAGUAAACAUGUUGGAUCAAAUUGAAAUACGAGUCGAAAAAUUAAGAAGAGAGGCAUCCAGACUCGAAGAAGAAAAAGAUAUAAUGCUUACAACUUUGGAUACUUUGAAGAAUAAUGAAGAAAUCCUCGAUUCUCUCGAAGAGCCUGAUCGUGAUGAUAUCCUUCGAUAUGCCGAAAGACUUUCAAUGAGAUGUUUAACUGUUGAAGUUUUAGUGAAAAUCCAACGUGAUAGCAUUCAGCAAGAAGCUUUACAUCAGGUAAAUGGAUUAAUUGACAAUUUAGUGAUAAGUUUAAAGAGCGAUCCAAGUUCAACUCGUCAACGUUGUGCCGCAUUUAUGAAUGCAUGUUCAUCAUAUGGAGUAGGUCAUUCAGAUAAAAAUUUUGAAACUGCAAUUCUUGGUUGUACCUUGGAUGAUCAAAAGCGGAUCAAAAAAAGACUCCAGGGUUUAUUAGACUACAUUGAUUCAAUGAACACUAUAGAGAUGCAGUGAGAUUUCAUGAAUUUGCAUUACUAAUGACGCUCGAGUUCUAAAAAACUUAUAAUCUAGUAAUUCAUUACUAAUUCAUUAUUUCGAGUUGCUUUCACUGUCUUAGGUAAGAUAGUAUUGAAAAUGAUAAUUAUUUGAAAAACUUGUCUUCUGAUCACGAAAAUAUUCCAAACUAAUCAAAAAUCCAACAUUAGAACAACUUUAUAUUAAAGUUUCCCUUAUAUACAUGUCACUGAAAAGUAGACUAAUUUAAGUAUUUUUUGAACUGUGUAAAGAUCUUUUUAUUUGUACCAAUUUUUAUAUGAAACUUGUCAUUUUUAUAAUGGAAUGCUAUCUGCAGCUUUAUUUAGCUUUCGUGAUAUUAAAAAAAACAAAACAGAAAAAUUAGAUUACAAGUAAUAAGAAUAUAGUAUCAGAGAAGACGCGUAUGAGUGUUGUACGAUGUUGUGUAGCACUCAACAAACCGGCCAUUGACUCUCAUCAACGCUCAAGGUCUUGUGAAAGGUGAAGGACAUUUUAUGUACACACCUACAACGUACUAUUUCGAUGAAAUACUCAAAAAUAAUGAGUCUAAACACUUAUUUUCAUGCGCAUAAAAUAAUAAAUUAUCCACUAAAAUCAGUCAUUGAAUAUUGAUGUAAUUUUUCUUCUAUUUCUUUAUGUUAUGUUAUGUUAGUUGAUAUUAAUAAAACAUGAUGAAUGAAAAUAAAAUGAAAUUAAUAAGUUACUUAACUUA